UAAUUAAUUAGCAUUCAUAUCCAAAAAAAACUCAAGAAGAACUUUCGAAUUUAUACUUCAUUUGACGAUCAUCAACGGAUCAACAUUCAGGAUUUUUUUGGAAAUGGCCACAAAGCUUCUUCCUCAGCUGUGUAUAGCAACUUCUCAUUCCCUAUACUCCACGAAUGCAUUCCUUUCCAAUUUCAAACAGGGGAGCUUCCGAACUUCAAACCGCAUCAAAGUAAAUGCCAAUUUCCAGUUCAAGCCUUUGAACUUCUUAUUCUCUGGUUCCUUGGCUCUCGCCAUCUCUCUUUCCGAGGUUGCAUUUGCCGAGGGAAAGAUAGGAGUAAACAAGCGGGAGUUGCUGCCUGAGGAGUUUACCACUGUUAUUGAUGUUGCAGGAUUUCUCUCUGAUGGCCAGGAGAAACGACUUGCACAGGUGAUCACAGAUAUAGAAAGAGAUACUGGAUUCAAGUUGAGAAUUUUGGCUCAAAAUUACCCCGAUACACCAGGAUUAGCAAUCAAGGACUUCUGGAAAGUGGAUGACAAGACUAUCGUCUUUGUUGCUGAUCCUACUUUUGGAAAUAUACUGAACUUCAAUGUUGGAGCUUCUGUGGAUCUAGAAAUACCACAGAGCUUUUGGAGCCGUUUGGCUGGGAAAUAUGGAAAUAUUUUUUACUGGAGAGAAAAGGGUGAAGAUGCAUCUAUAGAAUCUGCUGUUAUGGCAAUAUCAACUUGCUUGAGAGAACCGGUUGGUGCAAAUAAUUGCUCUGAAGUAAAGUAAUUCAUCAUUUUGCAUCCAUGUUAGUAUAUGAGGUACAAACAUACUAAAGAAUUACUUUGAUGUCCUUGAUGGGUCUUCUUUCUCUAGAAAAUGUAUGUAUGAAGAGGAUAUAGAUCUUUUCCUAUACUGGACUGCCCCCUUUCCCCUUUUAAUUUGUUGCGCUGAGAAAUAACAUUAAAGCAUUUGCUUGAAAUGUAAUUGUGCUGUCUUGCUGUACCC